CGUAUAUAGCAAAAUUCUCAGUUGCACUUCAUCAUUCAUUUGCGCUGCGAAGAUGCUAUCGAAAAUCGGCUUCGUCUAUUUAUUGGGUCUCUCUACGAGUUUCGCCAGUCGUCCCACAGAUCCCCCGGUAGAAUGUCCUAAUAUCAUUAGCAGAAACCAGUGGACCACUGCACCUGCCGGAGACGUGAAUUAUUUAAUCCUGCCGAUACCUUAUGUGGUAAUACAACAUACAGUGACCCCCGAGUGCGAGACUCGCGACAAAUGUACGGAACGCGUCGAAAACAUACGUAGUUAUCACAUGAACGAUCUUGGUUGGGAUGACAUCGGUUACUCAUUCCUAGUUGGUGGCGAUGGAAACAUAUACGAAGGAUGCGGCUGGACCCGUGAAGGAGCACACACAUACGGAUACAACAAAAAAUCUAUCGGCAUAGGCUUCAUCGGAAAUUUCAAUAGGAAACAGGCCAAACAAAAGAUGUUGGAUGCUGUGCAUCAAUUAAUUCAAUGCGGCAAAUCCCAAGGCAUCCUUCGUAGCAACGUACAUGUGAUCGGUGCCCGACAGGUGAGGGCAACAUCCAGUCCGGGAGAGAAGCUCUACCAGCAGAUCCAGAAUUGGCCUGAAUGGGUCAGUAAUCCGUAGGAAACUUCGGAUAAAGAUUUGUAGUUUCUGAUCGCUAUAAUGCGACAGGUAAAGUAGCCGAUAAAAUCAUAGAGUCCACGUUAUAUUAUGAGCAACUUAUUUACCCAUAAUAUCACUAAAACAGAACGUAAAAUGUAAAAUGUGAUGAAAAUAUAAAAUGCAUAUAUAUAUAUAUAUAUAUAUAUAUAUAUACUCUUCUUCUCUUAAUGCUGUACCUCGCAAGACGUUUGUAGAGUCGACGAAACGUACGAUGAAAAUGCAAGAUCGUAAUAAGAAAUAUACGUCGAUAUGUUCGAGGUAA